AUGGCUCGCCAACCUCCGUCCAUGUCGUUGCUCUUCCUGCUCAUGCUGGGCCAACUGUCGCUGCUCGUCAGCGCCGCGGACUCGGCCAGCGACACGGUCGAGUCGCUGUUCGACUCGGCCAAGGGCAUCAAGGUCGGCGGCAGCAUCCUGGCCAUCGCCGCCAUUGCGGCCGGCGCCGUGAUGGUCGUCAUGGGCUACCGCCUCUUCCGGGCCACGCUCUUCGCCGUCGGCUUCGUGACCGGCGGCGUCGUGGUCGCCAUGGUCGUGGAGCACGUGUUCGACGACAAGUCGUGGGUGGUCACGGCCUCCUGGAUCGCCUUCGUGGUGGGCGGCCUCAUCUGCGGCAGCAUCGUCGUCUCGCUCUACACGUUGGGCAUCUUCAUCGCCGGCGCCGCGGCCGGCGUGGCGCUCGCCGUGAUGAUCCACAACUCGGUCGGCUACGAGAUCUACCCGAGCCACCCGCAGGUCGUGCUCAUCGUGCUGUGCAUCGUGCUCGGCAUCAUCGGCGGAGUGCUGACGCUCAAGCUCGAGAAGCCCGUGCUGAUCGUGGCCACCAGCCUCUUCGGCGCCGCCAUCCUGGUCUGGGGCGUCGGCUACUUCGCCGGCGACUUCCCGUCCACCAGCGACCUUAAGGAGUACGCGUCCAAGGACAUCAACGGCGACUGGGUCUACUCCAUCCCGGACGCCUGGUGGGCCUACCUGGCCGGCAUCCUCGUGCUCUUCGUGCUUGGCCUCUUCGUGCAGUUCCGCAAGACCGGCCGCGACGGCGUGUACCACAAGUCGCGCGCCCUGGGCCGCCAGACGCCCAAUGUGCAGUACGUGGAGGCGGGCACUCCGCAGCAGAACGUUCACUACGGCAACCCGGUCAGCCACGUCUAA